AUGAAAUCUAUCCCGUUGUUUGAUCGAACCUUAUUACGAGCUCGUGACCCGCCAGUAGUAUCUUUCCCACAUAUUGAAUAUAAUAAACCAACGUCUAUGAACAUACCACCGUUAUCAAAACCUGAAAUUGCAAUUGCCAAACUCAAUAUCUCAACCAUACAGGCCACUCUACUGAAAUACAAAUGCAAUAAGGGCGAGUUUCGGUUCAGUACGUACGAAGUCAUUGCAGGGCACAUAUGGCGUUGUGCAUGCAAAGCCCGUGAACUCGAAGACGAUCAAGAAACCGUGAUAUCAAUCCCCUUAGAUUGCCGUUCACGUUCAAUUCCUCCUCUGCCGGAUGGUUAUUUCGGGAACGCCAUACUCGAUUUAGCACCAAAAGCAAUUUCAGGUGAUAUUGUCUCAAAACCAUUAAGUUAUGCUGUCAAUAUUAUACACGAGACAAUAAAGACGUUGGGAAACAAUGAGUAUUUAAGGUCAGCACUUGAUUAUCUGGAACUACACCCAAAUAUCUCUAUCCUCAAGGGAGGAGGUCCUCAGAGCUGCAAUAUAAGAUGCGUAAGCUGGCUUGGAAUGCCAAUAUAUGGAGCUGAUUUUGGUUGGGGAAAACCACUUUAUGUGGGUCUAGGUACGGUUGGUUUAGCGGGUCUAUCUCUUUUGGCUCCAAACCCACCUGGUAGUGACAGUGGCUUUUCUUUAAUUAUUUCUCUGGAGUCUGAUUAUCAUAUGAAUCUUUUUAAAGACUACUUUUAUGAGAAUUGUAAUUUUUCCAAAUUGUGA